CUGCAAAGCCUCGUUUUGUUUCUUAUCGUUGCAAGUCAUUUUCCUGCAGUUUCUGCAUUUGUAGAACAUCAUUUAAGGGUUGAGAUUUUGACGGAAGCAGAUCCCUUCUUCUGCAACGAAACCUUGUUUGACCUAGACACCUGUCAAAAUGUAACAUACGAUUAUUUCUGCACACUUAACAAGCCUACCCAGGACUGGUUUUAUGAGCUUUACAGAGAGGCAAUGUCGGACACACAACAUACACGUAAGGAGAUGAGGACACUGAGUGAGACAGAGAAGCAAGAAUACAUUGAUGCUGUACUGGCCCUCAAAAACGACACGACCAUAUGGCCCAACAAAUAUGAUGCAAUUGCGAUGAUUCACACCAAUCAGACCAUUUGUUCCAUUCAUAGAGGGAGCAACUUUUUAGGCUGGCACCGAGUGUAUCUUCUGAUAUUUGAGGCAGCUCUUCGUCAGAAAAAUAAAAAGGUGGCUCUACCGUAUUGGGAUUCCCUACUAGACAACUACAUGGACAACGACCCAACACCUUCAAAGUCUGUUGUUUUUACAGAGGAAUUUCUGGGAAACGGUAAUGGUAAUGUGAGUACAGGUCCAUUUAAAUUCUGGAGAGACGUUGAUAAUUGUACUCUACAGAGAAGUCUUAAUUUUAAUAACUCCGGUAAAUUGAUGUCACAUAGCACAAUCGAUAUGAUAAAGAAUGAUUUGUCAGUCCAUCACAUGAAACAAAUAAUUUACGAUAGGAAAAACAAUACUCACACCUUGGAAGGUCAACACAAUGUUGUUCACAAUUGGGUGGGCGGUAUGAUGUCCAUUUUAGACGAUUCACCCCGUGACCCCGUCUUUUUUCUCCACCAUGCUUACAUCGACUAUAUAUGGACAAAAUUUACUCAGAAACAAUCGGCUAUGAACGUUGAAGAAGAAUAUGAAAUUAUUGGGAAUGACAUAAAACGUCAUUAUCCUAACCGAACGAUGGAUUGCUUCUAUUGGAUGAGAAAUGAGGUCGGACUUAAACCAGAUCUUGCAGCAAAUGUUCUUUAUGAAGAUUCACCUGCAUGUCCGGACUGUGCAAGCCUGAACUGA